CUUUGGAACGCCGCGUGGACCGUUUGAUCAGAUUUGAUGGUUUGAUUCCCAGCGGGGCAUCUGCAGUCUGUGUAUCCGUUGAGGAGAGAGUAAAGCGAGAUCAUAAUAAAUAUCCGCUUCUACACUGUCUGUGGAUGGGCUGCGGACAUCUGCAUCUGCAGUCUCUGUUUUUGAGUCACUAAGAAGAUGGCGGACAGGGCAGAGAUGUUUUCUCUCUCCACCUUCCACUCCCUCUCUCCUCCAGGAUGCAGGCCAGCUCAUGACAUCAGUCUGGAGGAGUUUGAUGAUGAAGAUUUGUCUGAGAUCACAGAUGACUGUGGCAUAGGCCUGAACUAUGACUCUGACCCUUAUGAAAAGGACUGUCUGAUUUUGGAAAAGAAUGAUUUCCACCACCCUGUGUGCUCAUUCCAAGACGAUUUUCAAGAGUUUGAGAUGAUUGAUGAUGAAGAUGAUGAUGAUGAGGAAGAAGAGGAAGCAGAUCCAGAUGCUCCUUCCUCACCGUCUGCAUCUCCUCCCCCCUCCCCUACCCUUGGCACUCUUAAGAGCCGCCCAACUUCUCUAAACCUGACUGCACCUGUUUCACAGGACUCUCUGAACAACAACAGUAACGUGUCGCCACGAAAGUCAAGCUGGCAGGAUUCUCUUCGAAACCCUACUUCACAGGGCUGUUUGUCUCCAAACCACUCUUGCCUUGAAGAUGGAUCCCAUGUGACUGCUACAUGUCCAGGGGCUCCAGGCAUCACCGGCUCUGCCAAAGGUACACCCAUAAACCCAUCAGGACAGUGUGGUCUCCAUCAGUCACCUGGCAGACCCCUGCUCUACGACUUUGAGGGCAACAGACGAGAACGACCUGAAUAUGGCUCCUUUGGUCAACAUAACUCGUCUGGCAGCUCCGAGGCCACUGAGGUGAAACCUGAUGUUGAGGAAUCCACCCUAAUCGAGCUUGUCCCUUCGGUGGAUGACUGUACUUCCCAGUGCUCUGACACCGAGGUUGACCACGACCUGAACGGUCAUGCCAAACAUCGACCUUGCUGCUCUCGACCCACCAAUGACACAUACACUGUCAUCACGGAGACAGCUGAUGACCUCGAGAUGGAAAACGACGGCACCAGCAGAUGUUUGUCCUCAACUGCACCUCUGGGUAACGAAGCCGAGACUCCGCUGUCGGAUGAGGAGCUGGACAAAGAGUUUGACAUUGACUUCAUGAGCAUGGAGAUCUAUGAUCAAACCUGCAAGGAAGCUGAAGGCUAUGUGGAAUUUCCCUGCAUCGAACCAACCGAGUCAGUUUCUGUCUCCAGUCGAUCAGACAUCCUUGACACUGUCGAUGAACCUCGAGAUAUGCUUCAGGGUCGGCCUGCAGCUGCUCCUGAUGCUGCAAAUGACACAACAUCUCCUUCCUCAGAUCCUGGUAUUGCUGAUAUGAACACCAAGCACUAUGCAGAGUCGGAUCGCCACAGUGAUGAUCUUAGUUCUCCUGGAUCAGACUCUGAUGUUGAAGGUGAACUUGAGGCUGCAUUUGCAAGUGAUGGUCCACUUGCUGGUAACAUGAUUUCAUCCAUCUCAGAGACAGAGCUAGACCUGACCAGCGAAUCCAGCAGUGGACGCUCCUCACACCUCACCAAUUCCAUUGAAGAAGCCAGUUCCCCAACUUCUGACCCAGAACUUGACCAAGAGCUGGACACUGAGCAAGACAGUGGGAUUGUAGGUCUAAAGGCAUCCCUUUUUCUGGGACAACCUGAGCCAAUUAAACAAGACCAUUUGCCAGCUCUAGAUUCCAGUCCUUUGGAUGACGGUCAAGCUCUGAUGGGUCUGCAGAACAUAGAUGACGAACAGGGUUACGAGCACCAGGCUGAUCCAGAUGAGACUCUUCCCCCAGCUGUCCCCUGUGAGGACAGCAGCUCUCAGCAGUUGUUGCUGAAGAUUGAGCCUGACCACAGUCUCGAAAGCAUCAAACACUCCUUCUACUUGCCGAUCGACCCCAAACUCAUGCCCUCUGCAGAUGACUUCGAUGGCAACAGCGAGGGAGAUUCUGAGUCCGAGUCGGAGGAUGAGCUCAGUGAAAACUCGGACUCUCCUUGGCUUCUCAGCAAUUUGGUCAAUAGGAUGAUCUCGGAAGGUUCAUACCCAAUCAGCUGCCCAGAAGACUGCUUCAAACUCUCAGCCUCUAUCUCUGACACCAUCUCACCCUCAUCUGACCUGGAAACGGAUGCUGAGACAGAUGGAUGCAUUUUCCUAAAUCUGAAAUCUGAAAAGUCAGAGGAGGUGACUUCUGAAAGAUCAAAGGUUACUGAGGAUGAAGAGAAGGAGAGAGAAGCCUGCUGUAAUAAUAGCAAGAGAACAGACUCUUGUCUGUAUAUGAGCAACCUAAAGAAUUAUGAAUCUAAAGACUUUGCAAUGGUCAGCAGGAUGAUCUCGGAAGGCUCCUACCCAAUCAGCUGCCCAGAAGAUUGCUCCGAACUUGAUACCCCCAUCUCUGACACCAUCUCAUCCUCAUAUGAUCUGGAAACGGAUGCUGAGACAAAUGGUGGCAUUUUCCUAAAUCUGAAAUCUGAAAAGUCAGUGGAGAUGACUUCUGAAAGAGCAAAGGUUACUGAGGAUGAAGAGAAGGAGAAAGAAGCUUGCUGUAUACAUAGCAAGAGAACAGACUCUUAUAUGUAUAUGAGCAACCUAAAGAAUUAUGAAUCGGAAGACUUUGCAUCCAACAACUCUUUGAAAAACAAACAAAACCAGGAAGAGGAGGAGCCAAAUAAUGACUUGAUGAUGGAAAGAAUGAAGGAGCUUGACUCUCCCAGCUUGAGCGAGAGCAUCAUCAGCGACAAGGACGAAGGGCGUGAGACACUGGUCGAUCAACUCACUUUGCAGCGAAUCACGGAGGUGAAAAACAGCCUCACACUGGAUCUCCCGACAGCACAGACCAAUCACUGUUUCAGUCUCACUUACUCAACUGAUAAUGAUGACGAUGAACAGGAUACUUCUCCUUUUCUGGACGAUCUUCACAAGGCACCUUCACUCUAUGGAAACAAGACUUAUUUGGACAGUUCCCCACCUACCGACGAGAGUGUGCGAGAGUUGAGGAAUGCUACCUCUGAGCAUGUGCAUGGGCAGCCAGUUGAUGACUCCUUGGCAUAUGAUUCGAUGAAAUACACCCUUGUGGUAGAUGAAAACACAACGCUUGAGCUGGUGAGCAUGAAGCGCUGCACCUCUGUACUUAGCGAGGACAGCGAUGGACACUCAACUAUCUGUGAUGAAGAGGCGGUUGAUGAAGAUGAAUACAUGUAUGGGCAGGGCAAGAUGGUAGGAGGCAUCAGACCCAAUCUGCUGUUAAGCUCCUCUGAAGAAGACUCCUCCCCUGAGGCAGAUGUGCCUUUCUCCAAGAAGUUCCUCAAUGUGUUUGUCAACGGCACAUCACGGUCCUCCAGCACAGAGUCCUUUGGGCUUUUCUCAUGCACAAUAAAUGGAGAGGAAAGAGACCAGACUCACAGAGCGGUCUUCAGGUUCAUCCCACGGCAUGCAGAUGAGCUGGAGUUGGAUGUUGAUGAUCCACUCUUUGUUGAGGAAGAAGAGGAUGAUUACUGGUACCGUGGGUACAACAUGCGCACAGGGGCAAGAGGGAUUUUCCCAGCGUACUACGCCCAUGAGGUUGUCGGCCAAACAAAAGACCUGAUGACGAUGAAGAGAAACCCUGCUUGGAUGGAGAGUUUCCGAGUGCAGUUCCUGGGUUCGGUGGAAGUUCCUUAUCACCAAGGCAAUGGUAUCCUCUGUGCUGCCAUGCAGAAGAUUGCUAUGGCAAGGAAGAGUACAGUGCAUCUUCAACCCCCGUCUAUCUGUGAGCUGGAAAUAAGCCUGCAGGGAGUCAAACUUGUCAUGAGUUUGGAUGAUGAGUACGACUUUUUAGGAGAGUUUGACAGAUGUAGUCACUUCUUUCAAAUGAAAAACAUCUCCUUCUGUGGAUGUCAUCCCAAAAACAACUGUUAUUUUGGUUUCAUCACCAAGCACCCGAUGCUGAACAGGUUUGCAUGUCACGUCUUCGUCUCUCAGGACUCUAUGAGACAUGUAGCCGAGUGCGUGGGGCGGGCAUUCCAGGAGUACUACCAGGAGCACUUAGAAUACGCCUGUCCUACCGAGGAUAUCUACCUUGAGUAAAGGAGGAAAAGGGUAACCAUGGCAACUGCUGUCCCUCAUGACAGAUGUCUGUUCCUGGGCUCGGCCACUAGGAGGCGCCUGGCAGCCUUUCUCAAAUGUAACAUAGGCCUCAUCUCUAUUCUCUUCCUCAGUCUCUCUUGUUCUCGCGACAUGAACUGAGCUGAAUAAUCUACAUAGGCUCUUAGUGGUCUGUUUAUUGAUUUCAACGUUUCUCGAUUGAUUUAUUCUCUUCAUUGAGAUGGAUUGCUCGUUUAUUGAACUUUUCUACUAUAUAAUUAAAGGGGACAUGGCUUGGAGUGGAUACAUAUUGUUUAUAUAUAUAUAUAUAUAUAUAUAUAUAUAUAUAUAUAUAUAUAUAUAUUUUCCUGGUUUAGAAAUGGCAAAAUAUGACUUCAAAUGUUUGAAUGCAUGGCUUUGAAGGUUAUGCUCACAAACACGUAAAAAUGGCAAAAGCCAGAUGCGAUCAAAGGUUUAAAUCUGAAAGGCCACGAUUGUUUGUAAAUAUGUAUUUGUCUGAUACAUUGCGGUAUUGGGUUUGUACUUAAAAGGACAGGGCAGUAGGACGUGACCUGGAAUCGCUGAUAGGUCUACAGAUUGUCUGUUCCUCUGUAGUAGAAGGUUUACUGUACGUUUAUGCUUUUACCGCAUUGUAAAUACUGUAUAAUUAGGGAUGAUUGUAAGUGAAUACAAAUGCUUCAUUACAUCACAGUAUGUAAGCUUCCUGCGCCAUCUGUCUGAGUGGAAGAAUGGGACGGAUUGCAGGUAGGCAGGGUGGUUUAUAUUUUGGGCAAAUUACUCGGAAGCCUGUGAAAAACAUGAGUCCAAGACAUGUUUCACCCCAAAACCAAAAGGAAAAAGAAAAGGAAAUAUAUUUGGCAUAAAAGGAAGACCUUUUUGCAUUGUGACAUUAUUUUCAAAAUAAUUCUCAUUACUCUAAUGUGUCUGUUUGCAAAAUGAUUUAGACUCGUCCAAAAUCUGGGUUACAGCGAGGCACUUACAAUGGAACUGAAUGGGGCGGAUCCCUAAAUGUUAAAGUGCACACUGUUUCAAAAGUAUAGCCACAAGACAAACAAUAAGCAUGUUAACGUGAUUUUAGUCAAGUUAUAUCCAAUUUUAGUGCCAUGGUGAUUUAACUGGUAAACGCUGUAAGCAAUUUUAUCCGACUUAAAUCGUGCACAACAGAGAUUUUAUCAAAAUAUAAUCAUGUUUGCAUAUAUAAUGUUUAUGUCUUGUGGCUAUACUUUUGAAACAGUGAGUAUUUUAAUGUUUACAGACUGGCCCCAUUCACUUCCACUGUAAGUGCCUCAAUGUAACCCAAAUCUUUUGCUAGUUUUUAAAUAAUUGAGGCAUGAGUCGAAAUAAUUUUCUGUGGUACUAGUGACCAUUAUGUCAGCGUAACUCUUAUUAACCCGGGAAAUUCCUUUAUUUGACAUCUAAAUUGUCCGUACAGACUUCAUUUGCUUUAUGGAAAAUAUCGUUUAUUUUUAUUUGAUAUGAUCUGGACAUGUUCUUGACAGGCUUUGUGUUAUUCACCCAGUUUGCAAAAGCUACGGCACAGUUUUGUUGGCAACUUUAGUUCUACAGUUCCAACCCUGUUAACAUUUCCGUUGUUUUGUAAAACUUUCAGGUUGCUUUUAAGUCUAAUAUAGCCCAUCGCUCAUACUUUAAAUGACAGGUAGAUGUUUCAGUGAUGUGCAAUGUUUGUUGACAUUGAGCAUCAAAUCCCAGUUCAUUAGAAAGCAUGUUAUCAAAUGCAGAAGAUCAGAAAUAUUUUGCGAAUCAGUUUGACCUGGAAAGUUCACUAGGCAGACAUUGCAUCAUAUUACACUGACACAGAAUGAAAUUCUGUCCUGUGGCGGUUCAUUUCUAAUAGAACAGCAAUGAGUAACUGAAUCCCAUAUACGUAGUAAGUACUGUAGAUGCCGCAGUAGUGAUGUGAGUACACACAUAGGUAUAUUAUAAAUUUAGGACAUUGCAAAACAGCUCUGUUAGUCAUGCACAGAAGCCUGUUGGUAGAUUUUUCUGCUCCCUGAUCGCAGCCCUUGUUCUGACCUUGACCGGCUCUUCUCACACUGUACACUGCAGAUCCCCCUGCUGGCUACAUAUACUAAUUACUUACAACAAAUAUUUAUCUCAUACAAACUGCAAUCAGGGGCUGUGCUACAGUAGGGAAAUGCUAACAAUAAAGAACAUGAUAUGAAGACAGUUAAUAAAUAAGCUACAUUUAUUAUGUAGUUUUUGAAUCAGAUGAUGGCUUCAUAGAAUGUCAUCCUGUCUGGUAGUUCAUUCUUGAAUGGAGGGCUUCAUUUUUGCUGGUCACUAGACAAAAUAAAAGUCAUAUUUAAAGGUGCUGUAAGCGAUCGUUUCAUGGAAAGGUAUGCGAAAAUGUUUCCCUGAAAGAUAUUAAUAAAAUAAGUGUCCUGAGAUAUCUCACCGGUUUCUUUGACAACUCUAGACUCUGUGAACGGCAAACAAAAAUGUGUCCGUGGGUCACGGACAAUGACGCUUUCGACCUGUCAAUCAUUUUGUGUGUUCUCAUAGUAUUGAAGUUGCAGCGAAUUAUUGAGGCUUAAUGCCAUUUUUAUGCCAUGUCGUUCAUAACAGUUGCCAGUUGAGGGCGCUAUUUUGCUGCUGUUGUUUUUGACAACCGUUUCUAAUUGUGUCGGUCUCAGUAAGGCUAAUUUGCUAUCUUUGGAGUGCAGAUUUAGAAAAAAGGGGGCGUGGCUUAUUCAACCGCUCAGCUUGACAGCUUGCGGAAAUUCUAGAACGGCUAAAAUUGCUUACAGCACCUUUAAAUGCACAUGUGGAGGACGACACAAGGGCCAAGGCUACUGUAUGUUCGGAAUAAAAUGUUAGCAUACUGCUUACUACAUACUGCUCAGUAUACACUGCAUAUGUAUACUGUAUAUGUUCAGGAUUCAGUAUUAAUGAAGCUCAAUCGACAGCAUUUGUAGCAUAAUGCUGAUUAACACUAAACAUAAUUUCGACUCGUCACUCGUUUAUAAACAGAAGCAUAAAUCAUUGUUAUAGUGAGGCACUUACAAUGGAAGUGAAUGGGGCCAGUCCAUAAACAUUAAAACACACGUCGUUUCAAAAGUAUGUAAACAUUAUACAUGUUAACAUGAUUUCAGUGUGAUGACAUCGCUUAAAGGGUUUACUGGCAUUACGUUGUCUUUGCAAUGAAGUUGGAUAUAACUUCACACGGAUAAGGUUAGUGAUUUCAUCACAGUAUAAUCAUGCUAACAUGUAUAUUGUUUACAUCUUGUGGCUAUACUUUUGAAACAGUGUGCAUUUUAACAUUUAUAGACUGGCCCCAUUGACUUCCAUUGUAAGGGCCUUACUGAAACCACAAUUUCCACACUGGAAAUGGAAGGUCAUGCAUUGUGGAAUAUAGUGCCAUGUACUCUGUUGUAUUCUGUACAUUUUGGUAAAUGUAGGAUGUCAUCCGGGUAUUUCAUAUGUAUAUCUAAUUUGCAUACUCUGCACACUGCAGAAAUAUUAUGAUAUUUCGAGCAUAGCCCAACACUCCCUGCAUAGCCUGCAAUCUGUUUCCAUGGUUACCCCUUCAAUUUGUGACAGUGACACUCUCUCGUAAGGCAGAAGUUGCCAAUUUCAAAUGAGAUUUGUUUUCGGUUAGAUCACUGUAAAUAAUCUAGAGUCAGGGUUGCCAUACUGUGUCCUUUCUGUUGAGUAUGUUAUUGAGAUUUGUACAUUUAAAAGAAUUAAUAAUAAUAAUAAUAAUAAUGUUGAUGAUAACAAUCUCACAACCAAAAGCCAACAGUGAUGGGGUAAAGAAAAUAUUAGUAUUUGUAUAUUUGCGUUAUCUGCUUUGCAUUUGUAUACAUCUGUUGUCGGAUGUGUUGUCACCAUGUGCAGAAUAACAUGCAAUCGCUAACAUUCUAACAGAUCCACCGUGUCAAUCAAAUGUGUAAUCUAUUGGGACACACGUUAUAUUAAGUGUCUUUAACUACUAUGUACUUAAGCAUAUGGUACAAUGUACUUAUUAUGUACAUAUGUGUUGUUGCAUUGUAUUUACAUGUAAAGUACCUGCAUUUAGUUACUUUUGUAGUUGCACAUUUAAUUUUACACCUAACCCUGAACCCUAACCCUACCCGUAACUCAACCUAUUCACAGAACAACAUGUAGUUACUGUACAUAAUAAAUACAUUGUAUUGUGUGUAUGUUAAUGUUAGUACAUAGUAGGUAAAGACACCUACAUAAUAUAAAGUGGGACCAUUUAUUGUCAUUCACAUGCAGACACACAAAGAUACACACAGACCCCCCCCCCCCAAAAAAAAUAAAUAAAAUAAAAAUACUACAUUAUUGCAUUCCACCAUUGCAUUUAACAGGUCUAAUCAGCAAUUGUAUCUGUAGCCACAUGUCAUUUUUGCGUGUUCAUAAAAUAAAUAAGUAUCUUAAAUGUUUUAGCCUUCACAUCAGCAAUUUGUAGUGACAAAUUGGCUGUGAAACCCCCCACACUUUCCGGCAGAGCAUCUAGUACUUAUUGACAACUUAAGCUUGGGUAGCUGAAAUACAAAGUUCUGGACUUAAACAUACAUAAUUCAGUCCUUCACUGUAUAAUGGAAACAGCUUCAGUAUGACAAACUAUGUAUCUUGUAUCUUUAAAAUGACAACUUGUAUAUAUAAAAAAAAAAAAUUUAAAAAAAAUCUCACUGCCUUGUCAUGGAUCUGGUCUUAUGAAUAAAAUACUAUAUGCUUGAUGUCA